GAAACGAAGUCAGAAGCUCUGACAUCUUCUCCUGACGACGACGUGAAGCUUCUAGAAGUUCCCUCGUCGAGUUCUUGUGAUGAGUUUGCUGAAGUGGUAGUGCAGCCAGGUUUGACGUCUCCACAUCACGGAUCUAGAUCUUCGGUAUCGCCUUUGUCAAGAACUGAGGGAGCAGGACGACCCGCUAGCAUGGCAUCGCCUAAGGCAUCUGCUGGACAAGAGGAAACCCAAUCUCAUCAUCAAAGGACGAGAAGUAGAAGCUUUGAGCUUGGUGUAGUUAGGAGUUGUACUGCUAGUCCAACUUCUUCUAGUCCUAGUAAAAGGAGCAAAAGAACCGCUCCCUCUUCGAGAGCGAGCAGAGAGUUGCAUACAACACCUUCUUCCUCGUCGUCGGCGAACGGAACAUCAUCAUCAAGUGCAUUGGGCUAUAAUUCUUGCUUGCGUCGCUCCCACGAUCCAACGGAACAGCAACGAGCGGCUAUCGCCUCUGCAUGUGCGGCCAGAAGUGCAAUGAAUGACAACUAUGGCAGCACUAGUGGAAUUGUAGCGCUGAUGGGGACAACGAGUACUGGAGAAUACGAAGAAGUUAUCAGAGAAUGGAGUCUGAACAACUACACGAUCAUGGGGGCACCAAGAAGUGCAAAUAAAAAUCGAAAACUUCGUCUAAGAGACGAGGGCAUUUUUACUACUUCUACGAGCAAGGGAUCUUCCUCAGGACCACUGAAUCAAAAUAUAGACGAGUGCAAUACUACUUCUACGAGCAAGGGAUCUUCCUCAGGACCACGGAAGAAGCGCAAAACAGUCACGACUUUGGACAUAGGGAGACACUUAGCGGAAGUGGGAAUUGCACCGCUGAACUUAAGGCUGGAAACUUACUAUUUCUGGUGUACUUUUGAUUCAAAGGGCCCUGAGUGCUGUUUCCCUUGAUAUAGAAUAGCUUAAACAUCCUCAGACCUGAGUGCCGUUUCCCUUGUGAUUCACAGGAAUGAAAAGCAAGGGAGAAGGAAGCAACUCACUUGAAGACAGAUAGUAAGUGUCUGCUGUUAAUGGACACACGGAAAUAUCUGGACGACCUGCGAAUCGGAAAACAGGAGAAAGAAGAUCAUGACGGGAGUAGGUCUCGGCAUCCGACGCCUCCACGGCAGUCGACUUUUUCUCUGAGUAAAAUGGCAGGUCAAGAACAACAACGUGCACAAGAAAGUAGUGCAGAACGAAAACUACUCCCACAAGAAGAAAGUCGUGCUGGUGUUGCUACUGCUAGAAGAAGUAAUUCUAGAACGCAUUCACUACGAGGAAGAGAAAGUGUUUCAAGAAGUAGGAGUGGCAGCGUGGGUCGUUCAAGAAGUGGCGCAAGCACUGGAAGACAGCGUGUAGCACCAAAGUCUUCUUCGUCUUCUGACUACGCCGAGCGGGCUAAUAAAGUCACGGCGUACGUCAGGUCUAAGGCUAGCAACAUAGCAAGUCCAACAGAUCAAGAAAAUAGUGCAUCUUCAGGAGGUGGCUUUGCUCCUUCUCCUGCAACCAUGGAGGCUUUAGAGGCUGCGGCCAUCGCAAAGGGAAAAGCAAGCGUGAAGACCUCAAAGGAAACUAGAUCGCCAGCCUCCAGUAUUAAGCCUAGAGGUGCUACGAGGACGUCAUCAAGGAUUCAUAGUACAACUAGUAUGCUGGUGAGAAAUACUACUGGAACAGGUAUAGAGCGACAAGUAUCGUCGCUGAGAAGUAAUACUGGAACAGCUGUAGAGCAUGAGCAACAAACUAUGACAACUGGUAGUACAACACUGUCCAAGAACAUAUCAAAAUCCACGAGCGCAAAUGUUCGUGGUCGUUCUCGCUCCAUAGGAAGAUACACUCCUCGGACUCUUAGCAAGGACGAUGUCUUCACCAGAAAUGGUAAUGCGCAUCAAAGAACGAGUAGUGUUGGAGGUGUGGGGGGAGGAGGACCACCAGGUAGUAGAGCAACUUCUGCUUCCGUUAGUCGCACCACGACUACAGCACGACAUCAGACCAGAGCUGAGAAGAUGGAAACGACACGACUAACAAUAGCAGCAAGGCUGCAAAGUUUGAAAGCGAAAAGCAUAACGUCAAGGGCUUUUGCAUCUUCUACGUCUGGUCAUAAUGGUCAAACAGAAGUAGGAGGCACGAAUACUAGUAGUAGAAUGCCUUCGAAAGCCUCAACAUCCUCUGAAUCUUCCAACGUAAAAAGCAGGCUUCUACCCUCUCAAAAGAGCUUAGUGGCAGAGGCCUUAAAAGCUCGCGAAAUGUUGCGUCUCAAUGACCGCGUAAGCCGCAGUAGCACCCCAGCUGUGUCAGCUAACAACACCAUCGCUGAGAUAGUACAUGAGAGACUGAGAAGUAUCAAGGAUCAACCACUUGAGGGUGUCGUGAGUGAUGGCACCAAGAGCAACGACCAGGAGGAUACGAGUAGCAAAGAUGAUGGUGAAGGGCCACACGAUGCGCUGUUUACCUUUAGGGGAGAUGGAGAAGAAGACGAAAACAUGGCAUCCACGACGUCGGAACUGAUCCAGAAAGCGAAGGGCUUGCUAACAAAAGUCUUUAGCGGAAAGGAGAUUCUACUUGCCGAGCACGGUGCUCUGGGUGUGAGAAAAAACCCGCAAGUUCAUAGGCCCGCGGCCUCAAAGCCUGCAUCGGAAGUCGCCUCAAAAGAAGCGUCUCUCGUUCGUUAUGGCUCGUUUUGUUUUAUUCUUAUUGCUCGUCCUCCUUUUGGACAGGCACCAGCCCCACGAGCGAAGCGGAGGAACCUAGGCGGCAAGAUCCGCAGGACAGGCGGCGCAAGCCCUUCGGCAUGCUCUAAGCUGAGAGGGGGGCGCAGCUUGUCCCAGCCAAUUCGCCUUCAAUCGGGCGCAAAAGGGAUCCACGGAGAACAGAAGAGGCCGGCGCCGUUUCUGUCUAAGGCAUGCAUGAGAAGCAGCGGCAGGAACGUCGAUACCCAGAAGGAAGGGGGCCAGCGUCUCGCGUACCGCCCACGUAUUUGCAGCCAUUACCCCCGCCCAGGCCAGCGCUGCUGCUAGCCUUCCCCCUGUAACCCUCGCUGGGCGUACCUUGCUGCCAGAGUGACUGGGGUGAGCUGCUGAGCGCCCUCGCGCCUGCGCGUGAGGAUUCCAGACGCCGAGGCUUGUGGGAGAGCUGAGAGCGCCAGGACGCUCAGAAUGAAUAAUCGAUGACUUCGCAGUCGCAGCCGCAUUUAGCUCACCAAUCCAAAGGACCACGAGAGCGAUGCCAUGCUGCGGCGUGUCUAUGUGUCCCCAAGAUGUGUGGAGGAAACACCGCGCCGCCCUGGCGACAGUGCAAGCAAAGCAAGGAAUGGGCUCAAGCAUGCGCCAAGUCUCUUGGCAGUCGCUCGGGGGCGCCCGCUCGCCGGUGUGUGCGCAUGCAAUCCACAAAGCCGCGGGGCUUGGAAUCAAUUAGCGGGCCCGGGUGCAAUCGUUGAGAGGCUGGCCCGGCGGAAUUGACGCGGGUGAGGCUGCCUGGCUGGGUCUCUGUUUGUUUAUUGUAGCGCACAGCCUCCGUAUGCUGGUAGUCUGUCACGGUGACGCGCGCCAGUGAAUGGCGUGCGCUACUCUCUCAAGCUGCAAAAAAAAAUCAGCACCGUGCGUGCGCUCGCUGGCUGUUGAGCAAGGGCCUGCCUUUCGCUGCGGGGGGGCGUGUCCGCUGCUUUUCUUGAUGUCAAAAAAAUUGCGUCGAGACAAAGAACGGCGGGUGCUUCUUGGUUUUCUCGCUGGCUUUUGUCUUCGUGUUUAAUCAUCCUGAUGCAUGUGCGUCGCGUCAGUCUUGUUGUGUAAGUAAAAGAAAGGACUUCUUUUGUAUAAAUUAAUAUAGUUGUUGUUGUUUUUUAGCAGGUAGAUAAAGAUUAUACUGGUUGACUGUACUAUCAUAGUAUUUCCGUGGAAGGUGUCAGUCAGCCGUGUCAGUCUUCAUGAAUUGGAUGUUUCUCAAGCUUUUUGAGCUUCUCUAAUUCCUUCUAGCCCAGCGUGCGACUGCAGUUGCGACUGCGAGGAAUCGGAGUGGGUCUCCAAUGCGCGAUAUUUUGCGUGCGGGGUCUAGAUCACCUGGCAAGCAGAAUAUGAGCAAAAAUAGCGUUUUCAGUGGGGAUGGACUAGGAUCGGAUUUGCAGCAGGAUGCUUAUGGUCGUUUGGUAUAUUUUUAUUCCAUGUUCAUCUCUCUCCGUCUCUAGUACUGUAGUAUGAAGCUAGAAAAACGUCCUGCUCGCCACUAGCAUACGAACUGAGAUAAUCGGUUUCCUUCUGCGUAUUUUUACGUAGUACAAUCUUAAGUAUGUGUAAAACCCAUCUCCAAAAAAGACAGGAAGAACUACUUCUUCUAUUUAGAAGUAGUAGCUCUGAAGCUGAAUUCUCGCUCUCUCUCUCUUUCUGUCUCUCUCUCUCAUCUAAUCUCCUCUGGUCAGCAAAAGGAUAGAAUUCUUAAAUUACAGUUUCGGUCGGGAUCAAGGAGGCAUGCCUGACGAGGAAGAGCUGACUCAACUCACUGAGAAUCUGAAACGGAAGCUCUUAUUAAGGCUUCACGUUUGUUAACCUUGGAACUCUCUAGGACAACUAGAACUAGAAGGCAUGACCAUGGAAGAUUACAUUUAGACUCAAGCUCGUAACUAUCGGCUCUUACCGCACGCUUACCAGUAUUUAAGGCGCAGGCGGGGGCAAGAAAAUGAAAAAGAAAUCCAGUCGGGUAUUUCUAAUCUUAGUUGGAAGGCAUGCUAAAAGACCACCACCUGGGGAUGGAGACCAAGAUGAUGACGAUGCGAGUUUGUCCGUGUCAAUGAACUCUUUGAUUUUUGAUGAUGUGGAUGCGGGGAAGGCGGGGGUGGGGAGUAGAAGUAGGAAAGAGCUCUUGGACGUUGGUGAAGAACUUGAAGAUGAAGAACAUGAAGAUGGACAUCAACCACGAAAGCAUAACGAUAAGCUACGACAUGAACAUCUGGUCGAUGACGAGGAAGAUAUUCAUGCUAGUGCUGCAUCUUCUACAAGUCGCGGGGGCAACAUCGGAGGCCCUUCUGGGAGAGCUACAACUCCAGGAACCGCAACCACUAUUCAAAGCCAGAACUCAAGAACAGCUACUAAUACUCGUACUAAACCAUCCAUACUAGAAGUAUCCGCUUCCAAGCUGCUCCAACGCGCUGGCCUAGUUCCUAAAUCUACAGAUGAGGCACCACAAUUUUCUCGUGGCAGUCGAAUCAUCUCUAGUGACGCGUGGAAACGGAUGAACAAUGGUGGAAAGGAUGGAAAAUCAAAGUAGUAUUCAAUGAUCUGGAGGCUCUAAGUAGUAACCGAUGAUCUUGAAGACGCAGUGUUGUUGUUGUAGUAAUAGAUACUUAAUAUCUAGAAGUAUGAGUCCUUUUGAAGAUUAUAUGCCCACAACACGACCGAAGUUAGAGCAAUGCAAUCAACAUUGAUUCCUAUCCAUUGGUUUAGACAUCAGUUUCCUUUCCAGAUUCGAUCCCGAAUUCUCAUCCAUGUAUCCAGUAAACGCAAACCAAUGAAUCGCAAAACCAAAGUCGACAGGUAGAUUUAAUUCUUGUGAGUACUUAUGAAAUUCAGAUAAAAAAUCAAAAUCGAUGGAUAAGUAUCUAUGAUUAUCCAAGAAUUGGAGGGCUUUUAAUAGCAGUCGUUCUCUCAUUUCUUCUAUUUUACCUUUCUACGGAUGCCAUUCGAAUGUUGCAAAUUUCAACCUUUCAACAAAUAUAGCAGACUGACACGACAGAAGAUUUUGAGUACAAUGAUUACAUCAAGGAUCGAUACAAGUAUUCUGACCCUGUUGUGUUUUUCUUUGUGUUUUUCUAAAAGGUGAUGGUGCUAUUGGAGGGCAACGAACAAGGAAUCGGAUGAAGACAAGAUCUUGAUAUUGGAGUAGAACCAGCAGAAAAUAGCAAGAGUAGGUGGCGGAAGGGUGUUUCGAAUCUUUGCAAGACAGCGC